AGCUUCUCACCAAACUAGCUCCGAUACAAUCUCAUGAUACAGUGUUCGACUAAGACACAUAGCGUGGAGAAGAGGGUUCGACCGGCGUCAAUGGCGACGUUCAAGGGUUUCCUCCUCGUGUUUGCUCUCCUGCUUGCUGCUGCUUUCCUCGUCGCCUCGGCCGAAGAAACUCAGGCCAAGAAGGAGGAGCCGACGGCCGACGUGCAGGACUACUACCGUGGCGGCGGCGGCUACCCGGGCCGUGGUUAUCCCGGGCGUGGUCGCGGAGGAGGGUACUACCCGUACCCUGGCCGCGGAGGAGGCGGGUACCCAGGCCGCGGCGGCGGCGGGUACUGCCGGUGGGGCUGCUGCGGCCGCGGGUACUACGGCGGCUGCCGGUGCUGCUCGCGCGCCGACGAGGUCCCGGAGCCCAUGUACCGCGCUGAGGCGGAGGUGCACCACUGAGCCGACCAUGCAUCCACCGGAUGCAGCAGCGUGUACGCCUGCACGUGCCUAGUUAAUCUGCUUGUAGUGUGUGUUCUUGAGGAACGCAGCUAGCCCUGUGUUCUUGCAAGCUACGUAUGUGUUGAUGUGUGUUUAUGGUGUGCUUGUUCCAAAGACGUACUGGUCAGUGUACGGAUGUAUUGUACUGCACCCGCGUUGUGUUUAUGGAAUAAAAAGACAGGCGAAUUUACUCUCCUACGCCGGGCUUUGUUAAUCAA